AUGUCCUUCACUGUGGCGUCCAAUCGCCCGAGAUCGGUGGAGAGACAUUGCACUGUCUUUGGCAGGCAGAUGCGCGUUUUGCUAGUGAAGAACUUCCUUGUUCUUGUGCGUCAUCCUGCCAUCUUGGUUUUUAUUCUCCUCUACCCGGCCCUCCUUAUCCUUUUUCUCUCGAGUGCGUCCGUUAAAAAGCCUCUCUUAACAGAAAAAUACCCAACUAUUCCUCUCUAUGGCUUUUCAAUGGUUGGAAAGAAGAUUGGAUACUACCCAAAGAAUAGCAGAAAUGUAGCAUCUCUUAUGGAAUACCUCUUGAUGUCUCAUGAGCCUCCUCUCUCCAAUGAUGUUCUUCUAGGAUUUGAUAGCGAGGAUGAAAUCGCUGCCUACUCCGUGGCUAACCCUGAGUCUCUUGCUGCAGCAUUCAGCUUCGAAGUUCUUUCGCCAGUCUAUAACAACUUGUCCAUUCAAUACUAUUGGCGUGUUAACAGGUAUUACACAUUCGGGGACCCAGAUCCAAAUGUUGAUCUUUACUAUGACCCAUUCCGUGCAGAGCGUCUUGCCCAGCUGGCCAUUAUGCGAUAUAUACUUAAUACCACGUUUUCCUCAAAGCUCAAGGAGAUUGCCGAUGACUCAGCUCUAUCCACGAAUCCGUUAUCGAAAGCCUACAACCUGGUGCAGUCCAAUCGUGUCCGAAUAAACAACACCAUCACCUAUAAACGGUUCCCAGACUUCGAGUGGUACUCCUCCACGAACUUCACCAACCCUAUACUCGAUAGGGGCGGUAUGAUUUUGAGUAUUUCGAGCCUGUUUCUUCUGUACUAUUUUUGCUAUCAAAUUGUAUCAGAGAAAGAGGCUAAGCUUCGCCAAUCUCUGCAUACAAUAGGGAUGCUAGAUUCUACUUAUUACCUAAGCCACGCUGUUGUUGGUUUCACAAUCUGCAUAUGCAUAGGGCUUCUUACUUCAAUUGUUGGGAUGUUAUCAUUUUCAGAGUAUUGGCUAAAUACCCCCUUCUUGGUGAACUGGUAUACUCUCACGAUGUACCACUUCUCCAUUCUCUCUGUCUCUAUCUUCCUAUCUUCAUUUAUCUUUAAGGCCCAAUCUGUUGCAUUUCUUGUGUUUAUAAUUAUUCUGGUUGUAACAUUUUUAGGAUUGACCCAAUCUUCCCCACAGAUAAUAUUCCCAGAAAAUGGGGCUUUUAGUAUUUUUUUCCUUAUUCCCUUUCUUCACUCCGUUCAAUCUAUAAUGCUUAUGAGUCUCCGAGCCUAUACUUUCCCGUAUAACCAGCUUCUCAAUGCGCCAGCUAAAUUUACCGUUGCUGACCUUGUAAGCUUUACUGGUCUUUGCGAUAGAUCUGUAUGUGGUCAGCAAGCUGCGGCAUAUGACAGUGGACAUACAGUGCUCUUUCACAUGCUAAUCACGCCAGUGCUCUGCCUGUGCUACUGGGUCUUGGCAGCCUAUGUUGAUCUGUUACUACCCAGCGCUCACGGAUCUCGACUGAAGCCUUGGGCGCCGUUUACUUUAGAGUUCUGGGGUUGUCUUGCAACACCAGCUCCUCCGGAUUCGCACAGGCCUAACUACAAAAUGCCCCCUGUGAGGCCUGAGUGGGACGAAGAUGUCAUUGCAGAGCAGAGUGCAGUUCUUUCUCCUCUCGGGUCAUCACAAUAUAUGAAGAUAUCAAAUGCUCCUGUAAUUAUCUACGACUUGAACGUUAUGUACGGUGGAUGCUACAAGCGCGAUAACUCCUGCGCUACAGCGUGUGGAAGACCCUUGAAGCAUGCAGUGAAAAACCUGAGUCUCAGCAUUCCACGCAACACAAUAUAUGGGCUCCUGGGUCCGAACGGCGCUGGCAAGUCGACGACUCUCUCGGUCCUGACGGGAACCCUCAAGCCAACCUCCGGAUACGUCACCAUAGAGGGGUACAGCAUUGUGCACCAGCGCCAGAAGGUGUCCCAGCUCAUUGGGUAUGCGCCUCAGUUUGACAUUCUGUGGCCGGACCUGACUCCUGCAGAGCACAUAAAGUUCUUUUGCAAUAUGCGUGGAGUUAAUUAUGCUGAGGACCUGGAGGACCUAGAGAGAAGGAUGAAGCUUGCUGAGGAGGAAGGCGUGCUGUAUGCUGCCAGUGCUAGCACAGUGUAUCUCAAUGAUUCUCCUAAGAAGAAGGGCUUAUGCACUACAAAGGUACAGUGCAAACCGCGCCGACCAGCUGAUCCUUCCAUUGCCGAUCUAGUCAUGUUUCGUCUCCAAACCGUGGGAUUGCAGGAGUCUGUCGAUUUCCAGGUUAGAAGCCUGUCUGGUGGCAUGAAGAGACGCCUCACUGUUGCCUUAUCCCUGAUAGGGAAUUCUCAUGUUAUUUUCAUGGAUGAAGCCAGCACCGGACUUGAUCCCAUAUCUAAGCGCAAGAUGUGGGAUGCAAUACAGAUGGCAAAGUAUGAGAGAUCUAUCGUGCUCACAACUCACAGCAUGGAGGAAUGCGAAGCUCUGUCCAAUAAGGUUGGGAUCAUUUCAGAUGGUUGUCUGCGUUGCAAUAACGCGCCGCGCAAGCUUAAAAAAAGAUACGGAAUAGGAUACCGUUUGGACAUUGAGGUCCAUGCUACAGAUGUCCUUCGAGUCCGUGAUGAAAUCAUAAACGUCUAUUGCCCAACUGCCGUCCUUGUGUCCCGAGCGGGCGGGGCACUAACGCUUGCAGUUCCCAAGGGAAGCUUAGGGAAGGGUCUGGAAGACAUGCUUACUAAGAUAAGCUCUGAAGCGUGGAUACUAACCUGGUCUAUUAGGCAGACGACCAUGGAGGAGAUAUUCCUCACAGUAACCAAUACUGAUACGCUCAGUUUGUGA